AUCUUCAAAAUGUUUCUGUCCAAAUUUCUGGUUUACAUUGUUUUUGUCUUUGAACUUUACUUAAUAGAUGCCCAGAUGGUCAACCGUCAGGCACAGCAUCCUCUUAAUGGUUCUGGUGUGGCCCAGAGAGAAGAUAAUAACACCCAUCUGAAUUUUUUUAGCUCUACAUCGACCACGAGCCGCACAUACUAUACUGCUACCCAGGUGGGGAAAAAUACAACGUAUCUGGAUAAUUUGCGCUCCAACCGGGCUGCGAGGGCCAAACACACGACCAAGCGCAAGAAACCGACAAUAAAGCCUCGCACCGACUACGAAGACGAUGAGUUUCAUUUUCUGGUCACCGGCGGCUAUCGACCAACUGUCAACCAACUGGUCAAAUAUGUGGUCUCGAUUCGCACAGCCAAGGAGCGAAAAUUCUUUGGCGACAAUCAUUUUUGCGGCGGCGCAAUUAUCUCAACCAAGGCCAUCCUUACAGCCGCUCAUUGUCUCUAUGUGGGGGCCACAAAGUUACGACCCAGCAAAAUAAAAAUUGUGUCUGGGACGCCACGACGCCUAGUCCGAACUGCGCACACACAGGUGGCUGUGGUGGACAAGGUCCGUCCUCAUCCGAAGUACUCGGCGCGCCGCCUCACCAACGACAUUGGCAUCAUCAAGCUCAAAGAUGAACUGAAGAUAGAAAAAAAAUUCACAGAAAUCAUAUCCUUAGCCGACUCUCCGCCAGAAGCGGGUCUCCAAUGCACAGUCUGCGGUUGGGGCACGGUCAUACAGUUUGGCCCCACGCCCGAUGAGGCUGUCAACGGCGACAUGGCUAUCAAUCCCACGUCCUACUGCAAACGGCUCGAGGGCUUCACCAAGGGCAUGAUCUGUGCCUCCGACUCAAAUGAUCAUGAGGUGGACAGCUGUCAAGGUGACUCGGGUGGCCCCCUAAUAUGCAACGAUAAAGUCGUGGGCAUAGUCUCAUAUGGCUUUGGAUGCGGCGAACCGGACUCAGCUGGCGUUUAUACUGAUGUGUACCAUUUUCGGGAAUGGAUAGCCGAGAAUGCCGCUACGGCCGACAGCAGAGAAUACAAAUCUAUUCUGUUCCAUCUGCCGCUGAUCUUACCGCUGGCAAUAUAUGUUUUUUGAGGCACCGCA